UUUGCUACUUCCUCCGUGUACGUCACAGACACGUGGGUGAGCGCCCGUACGGUCCCGUAGGGCGGCCGGUGGGCGGGGCUCUGAGGGCGACAACGUGCUCUGUGUGUACACUGCAGCAUCAGUCAACAGAAACCAGCGCGACAGUGUAGUUCAGAGCCACCGAGCAGAAGUUCCCUUUCAACGGACUGGUGACUGUCGAAGACUUCAGAGAAAACCGUUUCUGACAUGCACUUUGAUAAAACACCAAAAGAGAAGCCGUGUUGCACCCUGCCCACAGUGAAGAAACUUUUGGAGCAGAAGCGAAGACGUGAGACGUCAGGCGUGCAACCCCCCUGCACUACAGCUAACACAAGUCCUGCUGCGCCAGCUGUUCUCUCAGAGUUAUCCCCAUCAGAGCCAUUUACCUGCACAGGUGCAACAAGCAGUUAUUCAGACAUGGCAAUGAGCUAUGAGCAGUGGCCCACAUCUCCUGAGCUGGCGCUCAGCUACUACACCAGCCACCCAGGCCCCAGUUAUGCUCCAACCUUCGACCUGCAAAUGACACCCGCAUACAGCACACAGCAGCAGAUCCCUGCAUUUGGAGACACAAUGUCUCAGUCAUAUGAUUGCUCAGUGGCCGUUGUGGACCCCAGUGCAUCUUCUUCAUGGGAACUUCUUGGUUCCAGUCAGAUUGCACAGCAUGUUUUUGUUCCAUCAAUGGACACCGGCAAGUUGGAGGAGGCCAGGAUGCUGCUCGAUGGGAUGGACUACAGCAGGACCACCUGUCAGGAUGAGGAUGGAGACACCAUCCUGCACAUCUACACCGCCAAAGGGCUGAGGGAGUACGCGUAUGCAGCGGCAGAAAGGCUGAGGGGUGUCGGGAAACUCGAUGCUAGAGAACACAAUGGAAAGACUGCUUUACUUGUGGCAGUGACGGCAAACCAACCGGAAAUCGUGCAGGAUCUGCUGUCAUUAGGUGCUGAGAUCAAUGCCUGCAACAACAAAGGACAAACAGCCCUUCAUUUAGCAGCUCACUAUGGAUUUCCAGGUGUUCUACAGGCAAUUCUGUCUAGCAGACCAUCUGUAAACUUGGAGGCUCGAAAUUUUGAGGGAAUGACUCCCCUGCACUGUGCAGCGAUUUCUCACAGCGUCACCACGAAGGCUUUGUCCUCCACCGCGCCGGCAGACGUUAGCCUCCAGGCCAAAGCUGCCGAGAAGCUCUCCUGCGUGAAGAUGCUCCUUCGGGCCGGGGCGUCGCUUCUCAGCCAGGAAAUCAAAAGCAACAAGACGGUGCUGCACUUGGCUGUCAAGGAAGGAAACAUUGAUUUGGCUCGCUAUCUGCUGAGCAUUCCCCUGGCAAACAUGAAAGACUUUGUCAAUAUGAAGGCUCAUGGUCACACCGCUUUACACAUGGCAGCUGGUCUCCAUGGUAACCCGCACCAGGAAGACAUCCUGCAGCUGCUGCUGAGCAGAGGAGCCGAUCCCAGUAUCCGCAACCUGGAGAACGACCAGCCAGCUCACCUUCUGCAGAGCGGUAUGCAUGGAGAGCAGCUUAAGCUGAUGCUGAAGAAACGAAACUCUCGCCGGCGUAACGUGUCCUUGCAGGACCAGGAAUGACUAAAAUCACUUGUAAUCCCCAUUUGUAGGGAGUGAGAAUCAACUGUGCUUCUUUUAAGGAGAAUUUAUGUACUAUUUUAAUCUUAAAAGGUUUUGGGAGAUUCAGCCAUAUAUAUUGACAAACAAAAUAGUGUGGAGUAGAGACAAAAGACGUCUAAUGGUUGGCAGUUUUUGUUUCAAUUGUAAUAUUUCUUUUCUUCAAAGACAGUCAUAAAAAGGUCUAACUUUAAGUGAUUAAAAUAGAACUUUAUUUGAAUCUAAAAUAUUUUCAGGAUGAUGCAAUAUUUCCUGUUCUCAUAUAGGCUAAUCUCCCAGUUUAAUGUUGAUUUCUAUGAAAUCGUUCAACUAAACUUCAGGACCAUGUCCCUGAAUUCAUGGACUCCCCCCUUCUGCCUUUAUUCUUAAGGCGUCUGGUGAUGUGUUUUGAUUUCAGAGAACACGUGUACUUAUGUUAAGUUUUCAUGCAUGUGUUUCAGAUGAAAUUACUCUACGACUUAAUUUAACUGUCUUUCUGUUCGCUGACCUAUUUCUGUGAAACGUCAGGUUGUGAAAAAGGAAACUACCAUGUAAAUUUCUUCUUUUCAACGGUGACCAAGAACGCUCUUUCUUAUCAAAGAGACAUCGCACACAGGGUCUGAUUCACUGUACAUUUCUCUCAUGAGUCAUGAGUAACGGUGCAGCAACACUUCAGACAGUUUUGAUGUCGCGAGCCGUCUUUGGAAAGUCUUACAUUUAGCUCGAGAAAGGAAAAACAUGCCAUCAAAACAGAGAUGAGUUGAACAACAUCUGACUUUCACAAAUAAGUGUUUAUUUUUCAAGCACUCGUUCCACCUACUUUAACUGAAUUUGACAGUGAAAUCAAACCCUUGAGGGGACGGUGAAGUCAUUUCAUCUCAUAGGAGUGUGUCAUCUUUGACCUUAAACAUGCUGCCAGUUCCUGUAAAGCACAAGGGUCAGCUGUGGUAGUAAACCAUGGUUUCUUUAAAUAAUCUAUACUAUUUGAUUCCAGGCAAAAUGAGAGUUGAUGUGAGCAACUGUUCUACACAAUCAUAAUUUCAAAGAAACUAUUAAAAUAUUCACAUAAUAAUCCAGAGUUUUCUAUGUAAUCUGUCUGUCUAAGCAAUUAUUUUGUGCUUUUUUUGUUUUAUUUUUAUAAACCAAAGUAACCUUAAAAUGCAUUACAUUGUUGUCUUUUUAAUGUUUUUUUUUAAAUCAAUAUUUGAUCUAUUUAUUAUACUCUUAUUCUGUUCGUUGUCACUGAAAAUCCUGGCUAUGAGAACACAGUAAAAUAAUAAAUAAAGCUCUUUGUGUUCUAUAACUAAAACAUGCUGUUUCAAUCAUACAACUCAAACAAAUCAUGCUUGUAAGUAUGUUUUUGUGCAACAAUAAAAUAAAUGAAAGAGAAUACACAUUUUCUCCAUGUGUGCAUGAGUCAAUUUUUUCAGUAUACUGAGGUUAAGAUAAGAUUAAAGUUCCUGGAGAUUAAUAAUCCAGCUGGCAGACCAAUAGUAGCCUGUGCAGGAAUUGCCACAGAGCAGCUGGUGCAUAGUUGGUGGUGAAGACCCUUUGAAUGCAUCCUUCAUCUCUUUCAAUCUUGUGUUGUGAUUUUAUACAGCUGGAGGAGGAACUGAAACAGAAUAAAGAAAAAAGUUAUGGUACAAAUGAUGUAAUUAAAAAAAAAAUACAAGGAAAAA